AUGGAGACUUCAGUCAGCAAGUUCCUUCUUCUCUCGGCCUUACUAGAGGUCAUAUAUCAACCGGCAUCCACUUUCGGCUGCGCGCUGUUCAAAUCAAACGAUCAACCCUGUGGCCAUAAAAUAAAAGGCAGUCUGGGCCUUGCCAAAGAAGCCUUCAAACAACUAUUUGCUAUCAUUAAAGACACCCAUCGUGUAUUUGACGAGGAUGAUGAUACAUUCAACACGCUCCUCACCCAAUUUGUCGAGAGUUGCGUCUGUCAGAAUCGACACGAACACAAAAGGGAGCACGCCAGAAGCCAAUGGAGAAAGGAACUUUACGAUCAAGAAAAGAGAAGCCGACUGCGGCAAGAGCUGGAAACUAUCCUUUCAAAAUCUCUGGAAGAGCCCAUCCAUUCCACUCCACUAUCGUCAAAGUUCAAGCUCCGCGUGUCUGGCACACCAGCGAGCCCCGAAGAGGACGUGGCACUCAAAGUGGCAGAAAAGGCAUACGAGACCCUGACAGAACAAGAUUCAGAAUCUGGCCGUCUCUAUCUUUUCUCUCUCUCUGGACAAGAGGAUAUGUUCAAGGUUGGAAAGACAAUCGAUAUGAAGAAUCGAUUUUCCUGUCACCGGCGGUGCUAUGGAGACAUCACUAUCUUGAGACACGCAUUUCUUCCCUUUGUUCGCCGAAUCGAACAACUGAUCCUCACCGAGCUCUCCCAGAAGCAUUGCGAGCUCUCAGCGAAAUGCAAAAACUGUGACACGGCUCACAGGGAAUGGAUCCAAAUUGGCAGAGCCGACAUGGAGACUGUCUUUGACAAAUGGGUUGAAUUUGCCCGCGGAGAGAAUGAACCUGCUCUUCGAGAAACUGAGGCUUACGACAAAGAUGGCAAUUUCAACUCCAAAUAUGUGGUGCUACCCCCACCUGCUGGAAACUACAAGUUUUUGUUAUCAACCUCCUUGAAGAAGAGUCGUCGAUCAACUGGAGGCUCGUCACAGAGUUCGCCUUCUAAGCCUGGCCCUGCAAGGUCUGAUAUCAAUUUCAUUGGUGAACGAAUUAGCGUCAUGAGUCUUGGCGACAGCCAGCCUGGGAAAGAUGAUAGUGGCGAAGAUGACGGCCGAGGACACAUCUCGUCUCUUACUACCAGUCUACUUGCUGCACGUAGAAAGUAG